UUUCUUUAGCCUAAGAAAAAAAAACAAGGACAAAAAAAACCAGUACAAUCCACAUUUAAUAAUAAUGUAUUCUUUUUAAACACUUUCAUACAAACAAACAGUAAAUGGAGGCUGCAAUUUGAGAGAAAAAAAAUCAAUUAGGUAUUAGUAAUUUUCUCGGAGAUCGAUUUGGCGACGGUUAUUCCGGUGUCAAUGGCGACGCCAUUUUCAGUAGCGGACGGAGGCGGAGGAGGAGGCGGAGGAGUUGCGAUAUUGGCUGGACCGGUGAAAACAAUAGAUCCUUCUACGAAGAAUAACAAUAAUUGUGUUAAUCAUAGCAAUAAAAACUCGGCUCUUAAAUCUCCAAUUCUUAUUUUUCUGUUCUUUCAUAAAGCUAUUAGGUCGGAGCUCGACGGUCUCCACCGUGCCGCUGUGGCUUUCGCCGCCACUUCUGGUGGCGAUAUUAAGCCGUUGCUUCAGCGGUAUCAUUUUUUACGAGCGAUUUAUAAGCACCACUGCAAUGCGGAAGACGAGGUUAUCUUUCCAGCUCUUGAUAUACGUGUUAAGAAUGUGGCUAGAACAUACUCUCUUGAGCAUGAGGGAGAAAGUGUUCUUUUUGAUCAAUUAUAUGAGCUUUUGAAUUCUAAGAAGCCAUAUGAAGAGAGCUAUCGUAGAGAGUUAGCUUCUCGUACUGGAGCUCUCCAAACAUCAAUUAGCCAGCAUAUGUCCAAAGAAGAGGAGCAGGUCUUUCCCUUGCUUAUUGAGAAGUUCUCUUUUGAAGAGCAAGCUUCACUUGUAUGGCAGUUCCUAUGCAGCAUUCCUGUUAAUAUGAUGGCGGAGUUUCUUCCCUGGCUAUCUUCCUCUAUAUCAUCUGAUGAGUAUCAAGAUAUGCACAAAUGCUUGUACAAGAUUAUCCCUAAAGAAAAGCUUCUUCAUCAGAUAAUUUUUGCCUGGAUGGAAGGUACAAAAUUGUCUGAUGUGCGUACAGGUUUCAAAGAUGAUUCUCAGACCUUGUUCGAAGAUUCCGGUCGGCCGGCCGUAAUUUGUCAAAGCAAGAAGAUAAGUUGUGCUUGCGAAUCUUCUAGUGCUGGUAAAAGGAAACAUAUGGAGUUAACGGAUUCAACUGCAUUCCAUCCCAUUGACAAUAUUUUGCUUUGGCAUGCUGCGAUAAGAAGAGAAUUGAAUGACAUAGCUGAAGCUGCUAGGAAGAUACAACUUUCUGGAGAUUUUUCUGAUAUAUCUGCAUUUAAUGAGAGACUACUUUUCAUUGCUGAAGUUUGCAUUUUCCACAGUAUUGCUGAGGACAAAGUUAUAUUCCCUGCUGUAGAUGCAGAAAUCUCUUUCAUCCAUGAGCAUGCAGAAGAAGAAAUUCAGUUUGACAAGCUUAGAUGUUUAAUAGAGAGCAUUCAAAGGGCUGGCGCUAAUACAUCUCUCACUGAAUUCUACUCAAAAUUGUGUAUGCAAGCUGAUCAUAUCAUGGACUCCAUAGAGAAACACUUCCAAAAUGAGGAAGCUCAGGUUCUUCCACUUGCUCGAAAGCAUUUUAGUGCCAAAAGACAGCGUGAACUUCUAUAUCAAAGCGUAUGUGUGAUGCCCUUGAAAUUGAUCGAAUGCGUGUUACCAUGGCUUGUAGGAUCAUUAAGUGAGGAGGAAGCCAAGUCUUUUCUUCAAAACAUGUAUAUGGCAGCUCCAGCUUCUGAUUCUGCAUUAGUUACGCUAUUUUCUGGUUGGGCUUGCAAAGGUCGUCCUAGGAGCACUUGUUUAUCUUCAGGUGCAAUUGGUGGUUGUCCUGCAAGCGGUUUCACUGGGAGACAGGAGGAUAGUAAACAAUCAUUUUGUGAGUGCAACCCUAAGAUAUCCAUUGAAAAGCCUUCUUCUAUUCAUACAGAAGAAGAAGAUGACAGAAGGCCAGUUAAGCGCGGAAACAUAGUUUUACAGGAAGAAAAUGAUGCUUGUCAUGCCUUAGAGACUACGAAUUUUCCAAAAUUAUCUUGUAGUAAUAAGUCAUGUUGCGUUCCUGGGUUAGGAGUGAACAACAGCAACCUAGGAAUUAGUUCUCUUUCUGCAGCAAAAUCUCUGCGGUCCUUGUCUUUUAGUCCUUCUGCUCCCUCUCUUAACUCUAGUCUUUUUAGCUGGGAAACAGAUGUAAGUCCCACUGACACAACUUGUACAUCACGUCCAAUCGAUAACAUAUUUAAAUUUCAUAAAGCCAUUCGUAAGGACUUGGAAUAUUUGGAUGUUGAAUCCGGAAAACUCAAUGAUUGUAAUGAAGCUUUGCUUAGGCAGUUUACUGGUAGAUUUCGUCUUUUAUGGGGUUUAUAUAGAGCUCACAGCAAUGCAGAGGAUGAUAUAGUAUUUCCAGCAUUAGAAUCUAAAGAGACGCUUCAUAAUGUUAGCCACUCUUACACUCUGGACCACAAGCAGGAAGAGAAACUAUUUGAAGAUAUAUCAUCUGCGCUUUCUGAACUUACUAGACUUCAAGAACACAUGAAGAGUAACAGACCUUCUGAUGAUCUACUUGGAAAUCAUUAUGAUGCUUCUGUUUAUAAUGAUACUUUAAAGCAGUAUAACAAGCUUGCAACAAAGCUUCAGGGCAUGUGUAAAUCUAUACGUGUAACUUUGGAUCAGCAUGUGUUCAGGGAAGAACUUGAGUUGUGGCCUUUAUUUGACAUGCAUUUUUCUGUUGAGGAACAAGACAAACUUGUGGGUCGCAUUAUUGGUUCUACAGGUGCAGAGGUGCUCCAGUCAAUGCUGCCGUGGGUAACAUCUGCUCUUACUCAGGCUGAGCAGAACAAAAUGAUGGACACAUGGAAACAUGCAACAAAAAACACAAUGUUCAGUGAGUGGCUGAAUGAAUGGUGGGAGAGUACUUCUGCUGUGCCUUCACAAGUGACUUCAGAGAACUGCAUAUCACUAGGUGCUGAUCUCCAUGAAAGCUUGGAUCACAGUGAUAAUACAUUUAAGCCUGGCUGGAAAGACAUUUUUCGGAUGAAUCAAAACGAGCUGGAAGCAGAAAUAAGAAAAGUCUCUCGUGAUUCGUCUCUUGAUCCAAGAAGAAAAGCUUAUCUCAUUCAAAAUCUCAUGACCAGUCGCUGGAUAGCUGCUCAGCAGAAGUUGCCUCAAGAAAGAACUGAUGAAUGCUCAAGUAGUGAAGACUUACUUGGAGCUUAUCCUUCAUUUCAUGAUUCAGAGAAACAAGUGUUUGGGUGCGAGCAUUAUAAGCGGAACUGUAAACUUCGUGCUGCCUGCUGCGGCAAGUUAUUUGCAUGCAGGUUUUGCCACGAUAAAGUCAGUGACCAUACAAUGGAGAGGAAGGCCACAACUGAAAUGAUGUGCAUGCGCUGCUUGAACAUUCAGCCCGUUGGACCAGCUUGCACUACACCUUCUUGUGGUGGUUUUUCAAUGGCCAAGUACUAUUGCAGUAUCUGUAAAUUCUUUGAUGAUGAAAGGAAUGUCUAUCAUUGUCCUUUCUGCAAUUUGUGCCGUGUUGGGAAUGGACUUGGAAAUGACUUCUUUCAUUGCAUGAAAUGCAAUUGCUGCCUGGCAAUGAAAUUGCUGGAUCACAAAUGCCGAGAGAAAGGCAUGGAGAUGAAUUGUCCGAUUUGCUGUGACUGUUUGUUCACAUCAAGUUUAAGUGUUAAAGCUCUUCCUUGUGGCCAUUUCAUGCAUUCUAAUUGUUUUCAGGCAUAUACUUGCAGUCACUACAUUUGCCCAAUUUGUAGCAAAUCCAUGGGUGAUAUGUCGGUUUACUUUGGCAUGCUUGAUGCUCUAUUGGCUUCCGAGCAGCUUCCCGAAGAAUACCGGGAUCGCUGUCAGGAUAUUCUAUGUAAUGACUGCGACAAGAAGGGCACAACACCAUUCCAUUGGCUGUAUCAUAAGUGCGGGGGCUGUGGAUCGUAUAAUACAAGAGUGAUCAAGGUUGAUUCAACAAAUUUAAACUGCACAACUCCAAACCAGUGAGAUCAUCACUCUUUUAUAGCUGAUAUAGGGUGUGAAUACAUCUGCACGUCGCAACACGGCUUUGUAAAUGAUACCGUAAAAUAGUUAUUUCAGUCUUCCAAUUUUUUUCCACCUGCUUUGAUCUCACGUACUCUCGCUAAUCGGUAGCAGAUGGAAGGAACAUUUAAGUACAUAUUUUCUUUUUGCUGUUCCUUUGUUGAUGGCUAACAUGAGAAAAAAAUAUACUGCAAAAUAGGGAACUUAUUUUAAAAUUUGAAUUUAUAAGUGGCACAUAUUGUAGUUUGACAACCUUCGAUUUGAAGAGCAAACAGCCUUGUGAAUAUGCUGAGUGGUGUUUAGCGGUGAUGGGGGCGGUGGUUGCUGAAGCAUUUUGGUGGUGGAAUGUGAUGGUCAACACGUUUGAUACGGUGGUGGUGUUUUGAGGGCAAAUAAUAUGUUCGAUUUGUAUCUUUUAUGGGUGAGAACAUAGUUAGAAAUUGUCUUUUCUCAAUAUCAAUUUGGUUUUGUUA